AUGGAACCAAUGAAUUCAGAUUACCAGCAACAGCAUUUGCAUCAACAGCAGCAAUCUUAUCAACCCGUGCAGCAAACUGCUCAGUAUUAUUCAAAUAUGCCAUAUGGGGGAGAAGAUGCCACUCAUAAAUCUUUGUUGCCGCAAAGAUCAGUGAUAUCUAAGGGGAAAUAUUCAUUGCAAGAUUUUCAGAUUAUGCGAACUCUCGGUACUGGUUCUUUUGGUCGUGUCCAUUUAGUUAGAUCUGUUCACAAUGGCAGAUACUAUGCCAUGAAAGUGUUGAAGAAGCAACAGGUUAUUCGAAUGAAACAGAUUGAGCAUACGAAUGAUGAACGUCGUAUGCUAAAACUAGUCGAGCACCCGUUCAUAAUUAGGAUGUGGGGUACUUUUCAAGAUGCCAGGAAUCUUUUUAUGGUUGUCGACUAUAUCGAAGGAGGUGAGUUAUUCUCAUUGUUGCGUAAGUCACACCGUUUUCCCAACCCGGUAGCGAAAUUCUACGCCGCAGAAGUCACCUUGGCAUUGGAAUAUCUGCACUCUCAUAAUAUUAUUUAUCGUGAUUUGAAACCAGAAAAUAUCCUUCUGGACCGAAACGGUCAUAUCAAGAUAACAGAUUUUGGAUUCGCGAAGGAGGUCGUCACAGUGACAUGGACACUUUGUGGAACUCCUGAUUAUAUCGCUCCUGAAGUUAUCACGACAAAACCCUACAACAAAUCUGUUGAUUGGUGGUCUUUAGGCGUUUUAAUUUUUGAAAUGUUGGCCGGUUACACACCAUUUUACGAUACAACACCCAUGAAAACUUAUGAAAAAAUCUUACAGGGUAAAGUAAACUAUCCACCAUUUUUUCAUCCAGAUGUAGUUGAUCUUUUGAGUAAAUUGAUUACGGCAGAUCUUACGAGGAGAUUAGGUAAUCUUCAAAGCGGAUCGCAGGAUAUCAAAUCUCAUCCAUGGUUUAGUGAAGUCGUCUGGGAAAAACUUCUGGCAAAAGAUAUCGAAACGCCUUAUGAACCGCCAAUUACCCCAGGAAUUGGUGACACUUCAUUAUUCGAUCAAUAUCCAGAAGAGCAUCUGGAUUACGGCAUCAAAGGUGAGGAUCAAUAUGCACAAUAUUUCACCGAAUUUUAA